AUGAGUAACUUCCACAACAAACAUAUCCAAGCCUGCCUCGAUGUACUCUUUCCAAGCCAGCGCCAAGCUACGUCGGCAGAAGCGCUGCGCAAGUUGCGCUUGGCAGCAGCGAACAAAGCGGACAGCAGGGCUGAGGUAGAGCAGGGUUGGCCAGAAGGGCCUGGGUCUCGGCCGAAGCCGUGUGUCCCCCGGCGACGGCGAAGGCGACGGCGACAGCGACAGGAGUCUGGUAGUUUCAGCAAUCUGUUUGAGGCAGGAACCAGUGUGAACGCACCUGCAGAUGCCUUUGGUCAGUCUCCAGCUCACUUGGCUGCUUGUGGCGGUGAAGCUUUUUUCCUACUUUGGCAACUGCAGACAGGAGCGAAUUUGAACCAACAGGAUUGCCUUGGGGAAGCCCCGAUUCAUAAAGCAGCAAAAGUUGGGAGUUUGGAAUGUCUUGCUCUCCUUGUUGCUGGUGAUGCCAAAAUUGACUUGUGCAACAACAGCGGACAAACAGCAGCAGACCUUGCACUGGCUUAUGGGUUUCUGGAAUGUGCCAAGUUCCUCACAACAAUUCAGCACACACAGACAAUGAAACUGAAAGGACAGUCUGGCUACUCCCUAAGUGACAAACAUGGCUUGCUGAGAGAGAAUCCAGCUGCACAGAACCAAGAAAGUGAAACCAACAGAUCCAUAAGCAGGAAGAGGAGAAGAUCGGACGCUGACAAAUGAAAAAGCUUGUAAUCCCAAAAUGAAAUCAAGGGGAAUCCAAAGUCUGAAGAAGCAUGACUGGACUAUGCAUUGAGCAGCCAGAUGCGUAUGGUGGUACACUGUCU